AUCACCUCCACCCCAGGUUCUCUUCUACAUCGUUCCCGUACAAUACAAGUUACACUUGACCUUGACCACCCACCCACUUUUCACUCAGCUCCCACCAUCAUCCCGAUCUCCCCUUCGAACUAACCAAGCGACCAACUCGUGGCUAACCCAACAAUGUCGUUCACCAAGCCGCCGCCGCCCAAAAACCACUGCGAAGAUCCAGCAUCACUGCUGCAUACGCUAGACUGUGAACACGUCGUAAAAACCUCUAUUUCUUCGUCUUUGUCGCCUACAACCGCCAUCUCCGCCACACCAGCAACGACCUCAAAAGCCCCCUGCUCGCCCAACUGUACGAGAAGCAUCUACACUUCCAAGCCACAGAUCCCACUCUCUUGGCUCAGGCGACGACAGAAUCUACAUGCACACUUGUUUACGUGUCCUGUUUGUGUUGAAGAAUACAUUCGUAGCCAGUACGCUCGCUGUCUAGAAGAGCAUACUAGGAAGGGUGGCAGGGUGACGGAUAACGUAGAAACAAAUGUGCAAAUUUGGACGUACGAAGCUGUCUUGGAAGCUGUAGAGAGAGGAGGUAGGAUUUCUGAGGGGGUUGUCGGAGUCUUUCGGAUCAAAUAUUUGGAAGGGUUUAGGUCGUUGGGACGGGGGCAGAAGAAGGAUGGAGGAUAUGAAACGUGGGCAUUGAGAGGUAGAACGGCCGGAGCAUACCGUGAAGGAAAAACACAAACAGUUGUGGAUGACAAAGACGCAAGUGAAGAGAGUCUGAUCGGUGGAGAGAACAACGAUGAAGUCAGGGUUGGGGAUGUGGAGAUGGAGGACCUGGCCGACCGGGUUACGGAUGCAAGAAUUGAUAUUCAGCAAGAUCAUGCGGUGGAUACACUCAUGGAGGGUCUUUCGAGAUUGUAA